AGGUUUCUGAAAAUUAAUUGUCAUCUCAAGAUUAUAUAUAUAGGAAGACUUUGUUAUGACUUUGACACUGCUCUUUCCAUGGCAAUUGAAAUGAAAUCCAAGGGAGAUGAAGCCUCCCAUGAACAUCCAAAACGAAGCAAACCCAUAAAGCAUUCUCCAUUUCCAUCGACUUCAAUGCAUGAUUUUGAUCUUACCAUUCCUUACCCUUGUACCAGAACUCAAUACUGAAAUCUUCUCGAGGCUUCCAGUGAGCUUCCUCUUGCAAAUCAGGUCUGUUUCAAAAUCUUGGCUCGCUUUCAUCUCUAGCCCUAAGUUUAUCAAGGCCCAUCUUAGUAUAUCUGCUGAUAACAAGGAGUACACCAACCAUAGGCUUAUGUUGAGGUUUUAUCAACCUAAGUACAAUCUGAAGGACUGUUCUCUUAGGUCUUUACUUUAUGACUCUGUUCCGGAGGCAGCAGACUUGGAUUAUCCUAUGAAAAAACAACCUAAACCUUUUUGGGUUGUUGUGGGUUCUGUUAAUGGACUGAUUUGUCUUUCUAAUAGGGCAAAAGAUUUGUGUAUAUGGAAUCCAUCAAUUAGAAAGCACAGGAAAUUGCCUGAUUUUACAACUAAUUUUAGAGACCGUUUCAUAGAUGGUUUUGGAUAUGAUAAGUUGCAUGGUGAUUAUAAGGUAGUAGGCUGUAUAUUUGAUAACAGGAGUUUAGAUAAAGUUGAGGUCAAAAUAUAUAGUCAAAAGAGUGAUUCUUGGAGAGGCAUCCAAAAUCUUCCGAAUGGGCUGAAAUGCUUUGGUUCGGGUAAGUGUGUGAAUGGGAAGCUUCAUUGGGCUAAUAAUACUAGUUAUGUUUUGUAUAAGGGCUAGAGCAUCAUUGUUUUGAUUUGACUGAUGAGAAAUGGAAAAAGGUGGAGCAGCCUUGCUAUGGAGAAAAAGAUGGUGUUUUGGUGCUGGGAGUGUUGGGAAAUAAUCUCUCUGUGAUAUGCAAUGGUAAUCGUCAAAGAACUGAUCUAGAUGUGUGGGUUAUGAAAGAGUAUGGGGUUAAAUAAUCUUGGACAAAGAUGUUUACCAUCAAGUGUCCUCAUAGUCCUGUUGCAUUGGUGUUUUAUCCACCCUUUUUAAUUUCAAAUAAUGAUGAAGUUUUGCUUAUGUUUGGACAAUCUUUCGUGUUUUUCUUUGAAAGCCUAGUUUCUCCCCUUUUGCAAAACGAACCAUGGGCACAACAAGACUGAAAGGUAUGGAAGCUCAGGUGGACGCCAUUGUGAAAGUUAUGACUUGUAAGAGUUCCACUUCAUACAUUUUUUGCACGAGAGCUGGUCAAUUUUGUUUCUUUUGUCAAACACGGAAAAAAGACUUUGCACAAUUUAAGGGACACAUUUACACAUCUGCUUAGGGAUCAUGUUUGUCCUUUUAUUUUUUGCAUA